GAUGUGUGAAAACACGCCGAUUUUUUUUGUUGGUUCAAAUUGAAUCCUGUUGGAAUUUUAUCACUCAUUAUCGACAUUCAUUAUAAAUAGUUUCAAAAUUUUCGAUUGUCAAUUCUGACUUGUCUAGUAAUAUUACGGAUACAAAAUGGACCGAUCUAAAGUUGGCACACGUAUUACAUUGAGUGAUCGUUUUAAAUUGAUACGACAAGAACAACAAACACGUAAAAUAAUGGUCAAUCCAUCAAUCGAAUCACCUAGUGAACAACUUGUUCGACCGAUGAAAAAUUUCAAUGGCACUGUUUCUCGUAAUGAUCGUCCACGAGCUCUUCUUCAACAAGGAUCCGAACGAAAUCGACGAUUAGUACUUCAGAUGGCAACCAAUGCUCAAUUGAUGGAAGAAUUGCAACAGAAUACCAAGAUGUUUGUUAAUUUACCUAUUGUACAACAGGCAAACAAUACUCCCAUCAUCAAUAAUAAACGAAUGGCAAACAAACCAAGUAUUCUAAAUCGAAUAGGAUUGCAAUCUAGCAAUUCGAUUCGUCGAAAUGGUAACUCAGUUACGGGUAGUAUUAAGAACCGAUUAGGACGAAAACCAAUAACUCAACGACUUGGCCUGGCACAGACACUUAAAUCCAAUCGACGAAUCAAUCUCCAGAAUCAAACGAAAGUAAUGCGUCAGCCUACACGAAUAUUUAGAUCUAAGAAUCGACCGAUCAAUAUGAAUAUCGGUUCAUCGAAUCGUCGAAUUCGAGGUGGACGUCAAGUUUCAAGGAAAAAUAAUAAUUCUCGAGUCACGGUUGAAAAUGUUGAUGAAAAAUUUUUGAUUGUAUUUAGUCCUUCGGGAAAAUUGGUACAAAUUGAAUAUGCCUUAGCUGCUGUUGCUGCCGGAGCUCCUUCAGUUGGAAUCAAAGCGAUGAAUGGAGUGGUGUUGGCUACUGAAAAGAAAGCUAAUUCCAUUCUCACCGAAGAACAUAGUCUAUAUAAAGUGGAACAAGUAACCGAUCAUAUUGGAAUGAUUUAUUCCGGUAUGGGCCCUGAUUAUCGUUUACUUGUACGUAAAGCAAGGAAAAUUGCCCAAGAGUAUUUUCUUAUCUAUUCGGAGCCGAUUCCGACCACGCAAUUAGUUCAACGUGUUGCUCAUAUUAUGCAAGAAUAUACCCAAUCUGGCGGUGUUCGUCCAUUUGGUGUUUCUUUAUUGAUUGCCGGUUGGGAUGGUGAUCGUCCCUAUUUGUUUCAAUGCGACCCAUCUGGUGCUUAUUUUGCAUGGAAAGCAACAGCAUUGGGAAAAAAUCACGUAAAUGGUAAAUCAUUUCUGGAGAAAAGAUAUAGUGAAGAUCUUGAAUUAGAGGAUGCCAUUCAAACGGCAAUAUUAACAUUGAAAGAAUCAUUUGAAGGACAAAUGACCCAAGAUAAUAUUGAAAUUGGUAUUUGUAACAGAAAUGGCUUCUUCAAACGUUUAUCACCGUCCGAAGUGAGAGAUUAUCUGGCAACCAUUGCCUAGUGGAGUUGUAUCAAUUUUUAUUAUUAAUAAAAAUAAAUUUUAUGAAAUAAAUAUGAAAAAAAGUUCA